UGUAUGAAUUCAUGGAAUGUAUUUCUCCACUGUAGAUCUCGACGUGCUAGCUGCAAUGGAGACCUCAUCACUGUCCCCUACUCUGGCAACAACAGGCAGCACAGAGAUCCCUGCUGUAAACCAGACCAGUCUGACAACAUCUCAGACUCGGGAAAGAAGUGAAACCUCACCGGAGGACAUUUUCAAACUGUGUGGCAGCUCUGACACUGAGGUGGCCAGGGCGAAAACAAGGCUCUUCAGCAGUCAGUGUCUCUCCUCUGGCGGGUCAUCAACACACUCCACCCCAACCAACAAGGAGAAACACAAGCAAAAGUCCAAAUCAAAGGCCUCUCCUCCUCCCCCUCCCGAGGCUGGCAGCAGUGUGACCCUGUCCCAACGGGCCAAACACGACUACACCAGGAAGAAGCCCAAAACCAAGAGCAAACUGAAGAUUCUCCCCCUGUCCUCUCCCAGCAGCACGGAAGAGGCCUCCCCCGUCAAGCACCGUACACCAAGUAAAAGCACUGCAGAGCAGCUAUUCGACCAGCUCAAAGAGAAAGAAACUCUGGAGUUUUCUCCUCCGUCCAACCUGAUUUCACGAGAUUCAGGCUUCCCUGAUGUCACUGGUGAGGAUUGGGACAAAUCUGUGUUUCACCGGGAGGAACAAGAUGAAUCUACACUUCAGGACCAUGUUCCCAAUCAGGAGGCUGCAACUCCUAGGAAGAGGCCUUGGGCCUCAGAGCGUGCUGACUCGGGAGGUGCAGCGGAGGAGAAGAGUGUGCUGCCAGAGAGGAAGCUAGAAAGGGAUCCCUCGGAUCCAAGGCUAAGACCUAGGGCCCUCUUCCCCUCAGACCCUCUAGAGGAGGCUGCUGAAUCCAUGAGCAGAGUGCUGAAUGAGGAGGUGGAGUCUGAGAUGGAGAUGGGCUCUGGAGUCAUCGCUGCCUUCCAGACCUUCAAGAGCCAGCUGAGAGCGCACUUCUCGUCCAGAUACAAGAAGAUUGAAGCCCGCUCCCUGCAGUCUCUGACGGACUGUCAGAAAAACGUCACCUCUCUCCUGGGUGCUGUCCAUGACAACAGGCUGGUCCACCUGGAGCGCUUCCAGGCCACAGUAGUCCAGGAGUUGGGCCGCCUGGAGAACGACUGCAUCUCGCUCAAAGAGAUCGAGAGGGAAACUGUGAACUUUUGGCAGAGCGAGUCUCAGUCCGUGCGGUCGUUCUGUGACCGACAGCAGCAGAGGUUAGAGUCACUAGGAGAGCCCAGAGAGGGGUGGAGGAGCACCAUGUCACAGAGGGAGGAGGCUGCAGCACCACCGGAACCUCCAAUGUAGAGAGCUGGUGACAAAGGAAAUAGAAGCCAAGACACUCCAGUUCCUGAUGAAACCAACACCACUUUGGACCUUUAUAUUGACAUUGAACCAUGAGUAACGUCAUACAGAUGUGUAAUGGCUGAUAGACCGUAACCAAGGUUCUCACCCAGGCAAUGUUCCAUCUUGCUCAUUUUUUUCCUUUCUGGCAUUGUUCAAAAUACACAAAAUAAGAGCUAAUACAUUAAUAGCUAAAGGAUAAUAGGCUGAUGAAUUUCAGGGACUUGGUUGGACAUCGUAGAGCAAGGCAGUCCAUGCUUGUUUAUUUUUGUUGAUGAAUUUUUUUAUUUUGUCAUGUUUGUCGAUAGCCAUUCAAAGACAUUCAUUGAUCAGUGGUUGCAUUUCUCGAUCAAUGUAUAAAGUCUACGAAAGACGUCAGGAAAACCUGUAGAAUAGUUUUUUUCUAAAGAACCAGUCAAAUGUUCACCAUGUUUUGCACACAAACUUGCAUUCAAAUACAUUGUGAUAUCAGGUAGGUUUUGCAGUGUUUCUAAGGCAUCUUUAGUUUAACAAUAAUUUGAGUGAAUGCUCUGGAGUGAUAUUUUUGGUGAGUACACCAUAUACAUGAGGCUAUAUUCUAUAAAGGCAUAGUUGUGGCCAAAUAUAUUGGCACCCUUGCACUUUUCUUACAUUUCUAAUUUCUUAUAAAAUACGUUUUUUUCAAAUUAUGAAACUUUUGCAAUGUUCAACCCAAUGUUAUUGGAUUUGUUUAACAUUGCAGAACCAAUUUGAUUUUUGUAAACUUAUGUUUAGAAAAAAAAUGUUUUUAGAAAAUACAGGCAAUUGGCAUGGACAAAAUUACCACCCCGGAGCUAG